AUGAACUCCAACUCGAAAAUACUGAGAAAUGGGCCAGUACGACCUAAAAGGCAACCAGAGGCACAAGUUUCAGGAAUCAAUGGUUGGGACGGAGCGGACGGAGUUCCUGGGCAUCAAGGACUACCAGGACUUGACAAUAUCGUUGACAUCUAUGAGGAUGGCUGCCUUGUGUGCCCAGCCGGCAAACCUGGACGUCCCGGAUAUCCAGGACCACGCGGACCGCUCGGAAAUGUUGGACUACCGGGCCAACAAGGCACGAAAGGAGAAGAUGGAGAACCGGGUCGUUCUAGCAGCGAACAAGGAGAUGUGGGCGUUUCUGGUGAACGUGGGAAAAAUGGAGCGCCAGGAACUCCCGGAAAAAGCGACCACCAGGAUUACCUGGACCACAAGGUAAACCAGGGAAUGAUGGGCGACCUGGAAGCAAUUUGGUGCUGGAUCCCAGAGGGUGAGGAUGGGCCACCAGGACCAGAUCUGGAUUACUGUCCUUGCCCCAUACGGACGAGUCCACAGCCACUGACUAAACAACCCGUCGUAAAUCCUUUUACUGUGCCAAGAUGGAUUGUGCCCAUAAAUAAUGAAAGAAGCUACGUACGCCCUCCCUUUCCUUAUGAUACACAUUUGUGA